AUGAUAGUUUUAAAACAAUCAAAGUCAAUCUUAAAUAAAGUAUUACCAAUUGAUCUUUCGCAUGAUGAUAAUAACAAAAGUGACAUAUCUCGGAAAUCAAGUAUUCAUGAUGCUAGGACAACGAUAAAUGAAAUUCAACAUAACCACAAUCAUACUAAUACUAAUGGUCAUGGUCAUGGAAUAUAUUCACCACUACCUGGAGAUAGUAGAAGAAAUUCAAGAGAAAUUAAAUUUAAUUUAAUAAAUCCAGAUAUUUCAUCACCUUCACCACCUUCAUCAGUUCCUAGUUCCGGAGAUGAAGGAAUAUCACCAACACGAAAAAAUUCAUCAAGAAAAUCAAGUAGAAAGAAUUCAGUUAGAAGGCCAAGAAGAAACAGUGCUACAAAUAAGUCUGAUACAAAUGCUGCAUUUAAGAAAACAAAAGAAGUUUCACUGGAUAGUAAAAUAGAGCCUCCAGUCGCUGAUAAGAAUGCAAAAGACGUAGUAAAUGAAUUAACAAAAUUUGAUUGGAUUUUAAUUGGUAUUAUAAUUUUCUUAGUACUUCUAAUCUACUAUUUCUAA